AUGCAUUAUCCUAACAACAGACCCGAAUUCGUUGGAGCUCCAGCUCAAGAGACCCGGAACCGGACCCGGUAUCCGUAUCAUCAGCAGGAGCCGUUGUCACCGGAGCAAGAGCUUUCAGUGAUAGUCUCCGCCUUGCAACACGUAAUCUCAGGGGAUAACGAAACGGCGCCGUUUCAGGGUUUCUCCGGUGAGAGCAGCACAGUGAUUAGCGCGGGAAUGCCACGGUCGGUUUCCGACACUUGUCAAAGACCUUGGGGGAAAUUUGCAGCUGAGAUCAGAGAUCCCAAGAGAGCUACACGUGUAUGGCUCGGGACUUUCGAAACAGCCGAGGACGCGGCUCGAGCUUAUGACCGAGCCGCGAUUGGAUUCCGUGGUCCACGGGCUAAACUAAACUUCCCCUUUGUGGAUUACACUUCGUCUCCUGUUGCGGCUGAGGAUAAAGGAGCGAAUGCGAGUGCGAGCGUGAGCGCUACGGAUUCUGUUGAAGCGGAGCAAUGGCAAGGAGGAGGAGAUUGCGAUAUGGAUGAAUAUUUGAGGAUGAUGGUGGAUUUUGGGAAUGGCGAUUCUUCGGAUUCGGGAAACACUAUUGCUGAUAUGUUCCAGUGA